CUGUCAUGUGACCGGGAGCAAGAUGGCGGCGUUCCCGUGGCAUGCAAGAUCAAGAAACUAUGUGUCAGAAUCUGAAGCRUGCAAACUGGAGUCCGUACCCUUGGAUUUUGGUGAUUACCAUCCUCUGAAACCCAUUACAGUUACUGAAUCCAAGACCAAGAAAAUGAACCGGAAAGGAAGCACUUCUUCYACCUCCUCUUCCUCCUCUAAUUCUCUGAUGGACCCCCUGAGCAGUGUUUUGGAUGGCACUGAUCCCYUGUCAUUGUUUGCUGCAGCUGCAGAUCCUGUGCCUGCUGCRGCUCCCACGGAUGGUGCACGAAGGAAACGGGAUAAAGAUGAGAGCUCAGCUGUAGGAAGUGACUUUGAGCCAUGGUCAAACAAACGUGGUGACAUCCUGGCUAGAUACACAACAACAGAGAAACUUUCUAUUAAUCUGUACAUGGGAUCUGARAAAGGAAAAGCCACAACUACUGGUUCAGCAGUUUCUGAAAAAGUGAGGACAAGAUUAGAAGAAUUGGAUGAUCUGGAAGAGGGAUCACAGAAAGAGCUGUUGAAUUUGACUCAGCAGGAUUACAUGAACCGAAUUGAAGAACUGAACCAGUCUUUAAAGGAUGCAUGGUCCUCUGAUCAGAAAGUAAAAGCUCUGAAAAUAGUCAUCCAGUGUUCUAAGCUUCUUUCAGACACAACMGUAAUCCAGUUUUAUCCAAGUAAAUUUGUUUUAAUCACAGAUAUCCUUGAUACUUUUGGGAAACUAGUGUAUGAAAGAAUUCUGUCAAUGUGCAUGGAUAACCGAGUCUCUCUGCCAGAUAACUUUUCUCCAGAGAGUGUUAACGAUACUGCUAAAGAAACCUGUUUAAACUGGUUUUUCAAGAUUGCUUCGAUCAGAGAACUCAUUCCGAGAUUUUACGUGGAAGCAGCAAUACUGAAGUGCAAUAAGUUCCUAUCCAAAACGGGGAUUUCAGAAUGUCUUCCACGGUUAACAUCUAUGAUUAGAGGAAUUGGAGAUCCACUGGUUGCAGUUUAUGCCAGAGCAUACCUUUGCAGGGUUGGGAUGGAAGUGGCACCACAACUCAAAGAAAGCCUGAACAAAAAUUUUUUUGACUUUCUUCUAACAUUUAAGCAAAUCCACGGGGAUACAGUUCAGAACCAGCUGGUGGUGCAAGGUGUGGAGAUCCCUGUGUACCUGACGCUGUAUUCUCCUGCUAUAGACUGGAUUUUACAGUGCAUUGCAUACCAUGCUCCAGAUGUUCUGCUUACUGAGAUGAUGGAGAGAUGCAAAAAACUGGGGAACAAUGCUUUGCUGUUGAAUUCAAUUAUGUCGGCGUUCAGAGCAGAUUUUAUUGCUGCSAGAUCAAUGGACUUCAUUGCCAUGAUUAAAGAGUGUGAUGAGUCUGGAUUCCCAAAGCAUCUCCUCUUUCGCUCGCUGGGAUUAAACUUGGCAUUGGCUGAUCCUCCUGAAAAUGAUCGCCUGCAAAUAUUAAAUGAGGCCUGGAAGGUUAUAACGAAGCUGAAGAAUCCACAGGAUUAUAUCAACUGUGCUGAAGUGUGGGUGGAGUACACGUGCAGACAUUUUACGAAGCGAGAGGUCAAUACAGUUCUGGCUGAUGUUAUCAAACACAUGACUCCUGAUCGAGCAUUUGAAGAUGCUUACCCACAGCUGCAGUCCAUUAUUCAGAAAGUUAUUACCUAUAUCUAUGACUUCGCUCUGCUUUUUUCAGUGGAGAAGUUCUUGCCAUUUCUGGAUAUGUUUCAGAAGGAAAGUGUGAGAGUGGAGGUUUGCAAGUGCAUCAUGGAAUCUUUUAUUAAGCAUCAGCAGGAGUCGACCAAGGAUCCAGUUAUUCUCAAUGCUCUGCUGCACAUCUGUAAGACGAUGCAUGAUUCUGUGAAUGCACUAACACUUGAGGAUGAGAAAAGAACGUUAGCAGCUCUGAUAAAUGGAUUCAUAAAAAUGGUUUCAUUUGGCCGUGACUUUGAGCAGCAGCUGAGCUUCUAUGUGGAAUCCAGGUCCAUGUUCUGCAAUCUGGAGCCUGUUCUAGUCCAGCUGAUUCAUUCUGUGAACCAGCUAGCAAUGGAAACCAGGAGGGUGAUGAAAGGAAGUCAUUCCAGAAAGACWGCUGCAUUUGUCAGGGCAUGUGUUGCCUUCUGCUUCAUUACAAUUCCAUCUCUGAGCAGUAUCUUCACACGUCUCAAUCUGUAUCUGCACUCUGGACAGGUUGCUCUGGCAAAUCAGUGCCUUUCACAAGCUGAUGCUUUUUUCAAAGCUGCAGUGAGCCUUGUUCCCGAAGUGCCAAAGAUGAUCAGUGUCGAUGGGAAGAUGCGACCCUCGGAUGCYUUCCUGCUGGAAUUCCUCUGUAACUUCUUCUCCACGUUGUUGGUUGUYCCGGACCAUCCAGAACAAGGAGUGUUGUUUCUUGUACGAGGAUUACUGAAUGUGAUCCAGGAUUAUACYUGGGAGGAUAACAGUGAUGACAAAGUCAGGAUUUAUACCAAUGUUUUGCAUCUGCUGUCUGCAAUGACUCAAGAAGCAUUUAUCUACCAUGUGGAUAAAGUGGAUUCCAAUGAURCUCUGUAUGGUGGAGACUCCAAGUUCCUGGCUGAAAUCAAUAAACUGAGUGAAACAGUGGUGUCACAGAUCCUGGAUCAUCUGAAAACCCUUGGAAAAGAAGAGACCCUGAAGAGGCAGAGCCAGCUGGCACUCUACUUCUUCAACACCAUCCUGGCUCACGGAGACCUAAGAAACAACAGACUGAACCAGCUUUCAGUCAAUCUCUGGAAUCUGGCUCAGAAACACGGCUUUGCUGAUACCAAGACUAUGGUGAAAACCCUGGAACACAUCAAGAGGCRGAGCCAAGAGCCUGCCAUGAAUCAUUUCACUGAGCUGGCGCUUCGGCUGCCGCUGCAGUCCCGGACCUGAGAAUUCCCUGCAGGGAAAGGGAGCCUGGAACCAAACAUCACUGCUCUGAUUCUGACUGCAGUUCAGGGCAUCUUUACUUUCCUUAGGGAGGCACAGUAAAGGUAAAACUGUUCUGAGUGCAGUAAUUUAACCUGAUUUUCUGUAACCAGUUUUACCAUAAURUUGUUAUCUAUGUUCAGUARACARUAUUUUGAACCUCUGUGGUUGCAAAAGACUUUUGAGAUCUAAUCUGUUGUAAUUUUAACAAAAAAAAAAGGAAGAUAAUCUGUACAAAUGAAUUAACAGCUUCAAAAUUUCAUCCCUCGUGGAGGAGUCUCCCUCCCGUGUAGGAAGCAGCUUUCAAGAUGAUAAUCAUACUAACUCUGCUUUGGGAUGAUUUGUUUGCCUGGUUCCAUAGAGGAGAACAAUGACUGAGGUGUUCCUSUUCUCAUUUCUACAAUAGAUUUUCACAGACAUGUUCAUGUUUUUGUUUUAGUCUGGGAUAUUUUGUAAAAUGGAAGCAAUCUUUAAGUGCUGCAAAGGAAAAUGGAAAUGUAUGCAAAGUACUCUUUAUUUGCAAAGUGCACUAUCAUUGUAUAAAACAUUUUGCACUUCAUCUGUGUGUUCUGAGGGAGUUUUUUGUUUAUACACAUUUAUCACCUUACCCUUGUGGAAUUUAGUUGCAUCUACUGUUAUUUCUUCUAAUAAAAUUUCACUCUCACCACUUCUGCCCCAUGAUAAGGAACCAUUUUGAGACUUUGCAUCUACAGCUGCUUUUGCUUAGUUAAGUAUUUGAAUGAGCCAAAUCCUUACACAGACAUGGACAUACAAGAUGGUCACUUGUCCUCUUAAAACCAGAGCUACUCAAACUCACCACCAUCUCCCAUAAGGAAUGGCACAGCCAGAAAUAAGAUGUGAAUUUUUCACUGUUUUUUGUAACUUCAAGCAAUGCAUUGACAGAGUGCUUUGGCCUCCUGAAUUCUGAACAUGUACACAAAUGCAGUCUUGUAUUUUGGGCCCUUGCUAAAAAGCCAUUUYCAAGUCCAGGUUGUCAGAAAAUCCAAAGGUUAGAAAUUUCAUUCAGACAUAAAUCCAAUAAGCACAUUAUUAAAAUUAUGUUGCUUUCCAUAAUUUAGGCAGUCUAGAUCCAUAGAUUUGGUACUGCCAUCCAAAAUGCUUUUACUUUCAUUUUCAGGUAACAGCUGCAGAUUGAAAAUCCAGCUGCAUGGUUCAAAUACAGAGGAUGGUCAAUGCUAUCCAUUAUUAUCACAAAGACAUUCGAUUUUUAAGAAUUACUUUCUGUGUUAAACGUUUGUCCUCAUCAAAUCUGAGGCCACACCACUCGUGUGUGUUCAAAGUAAAACCCCUUUAAAGGACCAUCAUUUUGUACUGCUCACUGAGUGCAAACUAUGAAGAUUUUACAGAACAAUAAAAUCCUCUUGAAUCACUAAGAUAUGGAUUAAAGUACRUUUAUUAAACCAGC